CACAGAUCGUGCUAACGGAGUCGAACUCCACCCCCAUGAAUUGCGUCAGAAUGCUUAAGAUGGUAUAAUUGGCAUGUUGACUUUUUUGAAUUAUAUUGGAUAUGCAUGUGUUGUGAGGCACGGAGUCCAAGUCCGUUUGGUGAGGCCAAUCAUGCAGGACCCGGCGAUGAACCCCGCGUCCCGGUUUGCGGAGGCGAAGUCCUUGAAGCUAUCACGUCAAAGCAGCUCAUUUUGACAAGUCAGCGAUGUGGUGAUCGAUGAGCUUCAGAGAUGUGGGUUAGUGGGGUUUUUUUUGGAGGGGUAGUAUGUUGGCAAAUGAAGGUAUUUAGCUAUUCGCUGAUGCUCUCAAAUAUCUUCAAGGUGAGCGUACUUUCGUGACUGUUCUUGUCAUUGAUUUAAAAAAAUCGAAGCUCCCAUUCCCCCCAUAAAUCCUUCUCAAUAUCAAUCAUGAGUCCCACGAAGACAGGGCUCGGAAGCCUCAUGAAGCUUGCUCUAGGCUUAGCAGCCGUUCCACUCGUCGCUGCAGACUGGCAAUUCAAAUCCCGUCCAGAUCUUGCCCCGCCAAAGCUCAACAUCACCAUCCCCGCCACCGCAGAUGUUGAGAGCGGCUACAUCUUCAUUGCACCAUUCGCCGGUUUCCCAGAAGGCACGCGCCACGGACCGCUCCAAGCCGCCCCUUACAUCUUCACAGACACCGGCGACCUCGUCUGGUCUGGCUUUACAUAUUUCUCCAUCUGGGCCACCAACUUCCAAGCCGGACGGUACAAGGGAAAGGAUGUCCUGUUCAGUUUCGAGGGAAGUCAUAAUGCGGCGUACGGACAUGGACAUGGUCACACUACUUUCUUGGACCAGAAUUACAACACCAUCCGCGAGCUACGCGCGGGUAACCACAGGUUGACUGAUAAGCACGAGUUCAUCAUCAUCAACGAGAAGACCGCUCUGAUCCAGAUCUACCACCCUGUUCCGUAUGAUCUUUCACCAUACGGCGGAUCCCCAGAGCAACAGUGGAUCGUCGACGCAAGAUUCCAAGAACUCGACAUUGAAUCCGGCGAAGUCCUCUUCGAAUGGAGCAGUCUCGAGCACGUCUCCCCCUCCGAAGCCUUCCUCCCCCUCAACCCCGGCCAAGCCGGCAGCGGCUACAACUCCUCCGACGCCUGGGACUACUUCCACAUCAACAGCGUCGACAAGGACGACCAAGGGAACUACCUCAUCUCGGCCCGCGACGCCAACGCAGCCUACAAGAUUGAUGGCCGAACUAGCGAGAUCCUCUGGCAGCUUAGCGGGAAGUCGACUGACUUUGAGCUUGGGGAGGGCGUGGAGUUCGCGUUCCAGCAUCAUGCGAGGUAUUUGAGUCGAUCGGAGGAUGGGAAGAAGGAGGUUAUUUCUAUUUAUGAUAACUCGGCUCAUGGGACUGAGAAUGGACGUGGUGGAGAGGUGCAUUUCAACGCUACGUCGGCGGGGAAGAUCAUCGAGGUCGAUACCGAGAACUGGACCGCUACGCUGGUGCAGGGUUUCUACCCACCUGAUGACCUGCUGUCCAAAUCGCAAGGCUCGACGCAGGUCCUGCCCAACGGUAACGUGUUGGUGAACUGGGGCUCUGAGGGUGCCAUCACAGAGUACAAACCAAAUGGCGAGCCAAUCUUCCACUUCUACAUGGACUCCGGCAGCCUAGGCGAGGGCGUCGAGAACUACCGCGGCUUCCGAUACAACUGGACCGGCAUCCCGCACGAGGCACCAGCAGUUGUAGCGCUCAACGAUGACGACGAGGGAGAGACCAGCAUCUAUGUUUCUUGGAACGGCGACACGGAGACGAAGCACUGGCGCUUUUACGAGAUUUAUGCGAAUGGCAAGCGUGAGUUGCUGGGGACGGCGAAGAGGGAGAGCUUUGAGACUGUGUUGACGGUUGAAAGGACGGGGAUUAGGAGUGUGCAGGUUGUGGCGCUGGGGGCGGAGGGGGAGAAGUUGGUGGAGUCGUCGGUUGUGAAGCCGGAUGUGUUGAUUCAGGAGUAUAAGGGUGAGAGUGUUAAGAGCAGUAAGGGAAGUAAGAGCGGAGGCAAGAGCAGCACCAGCACGAAGGUUGAGAAGCCAUGCGGUGGGGGGUUCAUGGGUUGGUUGAUGUUCAAGGGACAGAAGAUCAUCAGGCCUCAAGACUUGUAGUCUCGUAUACGGACCCCGAGUUUAUGUAGUGUAGUAGCUAUGCCGAGAAUUUGAUACCAU